AUGAUAGAUAAAACUUAUUUAAAUCAUUUUCCUGAUUCAAAUGGUUUUUUUGGUAAAUAUGGUGGAAAAUAUUUACCAGAAACAAUUAAUAAAGCAAUGAUGGAAAUUGAACAAGCAUAUAAUAAAAUAAGUAAAAAUGAAAAUUUUAUUAAUGAAUUAAAAAAAAUAAGAAAAGAAUUUCAAGGAAGACCAACACCAAUAUAUUAUGCAAAAAAUUUAACAGAAAAAUAUGGUGGAGCAGAAAUAUAUUUAAAAAGAGAAGAUUUAAAUCACACUGGUGCACAUAAAUUAAAUCAUUGUAUGGGAGAAGCAUUAUUAGCAAAAUAUAUGGGUAAACAAAAAUUAAUAGCUGAAACUGGAGCAGGACAACAUGGUGUAGCAUUAGCAACAGCAGCAGCAUAUUUUGGUUUAAAAUGUGAAAUACAUAUGGGUGAAGUAGAUGUAAAAAAAGAAUAUCAAAAUGUAGUUAGAAUGAAAAUAUUAGGUGCUAAAGUUAUAUGUGUAGAAUUUGGUGCUAAAACAUUAAAAGAAGCAGUAGAUUCAGCAUUUGAAUCAUAUAUGAAAGAUUUAGAUAAUUCAUUUUAUGCAAUAGGUUCAGUAGUAGGCCCACAUCCAUUUCCAAAAAUGGUACGUGAUUUUCAAUCAAUAAUAGGCAUAGAAUCAAGAGAACAAUUUAUGGAAAUGAAUGGUGUAUUACCAGAUAUAGUUAUAGCAUGUGUAGGUGGUGGUAGUAAUGCAAUGGGUAUAUUUAGUGGUUUUAUAUCAGAUAAACAAGUGGAAUUAGUUUGUGUGGAACCAUUAGGUAAAGGAAAUAAAAUAGGUGAACAUGCAGCAAGUAUAAGUUAUGGUAGCGAAGGAAUAAUGCAUGGAUUUAAUUCAAUAAUGUUAAAAGAUGAAAAAGGAAAUCCAGCACCAGUAUAUAGUAUAGCAAGUGGUUUAGAUUAUCCAAGUGUAGGACCAGAAAUUGCAUAUUUAAAUAGUAUAGGUCGUACAAAAACAGUAUGUAUAACAGAUAAAGAAGCAAUUAAUGGAUUUUUUGAAUUAAGUAGAAUGGAAGGUAUAAUACCAGCAAUAGAAUCAAGUCAUGCAAUAGCUUAUGUAUUAAAAAUAGCAAAAGAUAUCAAGGGUAAAAAAAUAUUAAUAAAUUUAAGUGGUAGGGGAGAUAAAGAUUUAGAUUUUGUUGUAGAAAAUUAUGGUUAUGGUGAUAAUUAG